AUGUCUCGGACACGACCGGCUCACACAUACGGCCUCGUAUCGCUCGACGUGGAGCCAUCGGGGAAGCGUGUUUUGUAUAACAGUCUAGAGGGACUAACGUGCUUGUGGAAUAUCGACAGCGGGAGUCUGGAGGGCAAGUUUGAGAGUUAUGUGAGGUCUGGAUCAGAAUCAAGCGAGCCAUCUUGGUCUGUAUCUCUUAAUCCAAGAGGUGCAACGUACGCCUCUACGGGUGGCACCGGAAAUGUUACCAUUCAUUCAGCAGAGCCGGCUUCAUUUGGCGAACGUCGUGCAACUCUCUCGAGCGGGCGCAAUAAAUUUGGCAUGUACUGCAAAUAUGCCCCAGACGGAAGUAGGAUAGCAAUGUCUUCGGAGUCCGGCCAGAUCUACAUCUUCGAUGCCGCUUCCUCGUCGCUACUGGUGACAUAUAGCUCGCACGCGAUGGCCGUACGAUCUUUGGCAUGGUCCGCGGACUCCCAGCUGCUUCUCUCUGCCUCUGAGGACAAGCGUCUGAUUCUACACGACGUGCGAGCAUCGCCGUCUGGAAAGCCCGGAUCGGGAGCUGUUGCAACACUUGCGGGCCAUUCCUCCUGGGUGCUGAGCACAGACAUUUCACCAGACGGACGAUUAGCGGUAUCAGGGUCCGCAGACAAAACUGUCAAAACAUGGGAUCUUGCCGCUCGCGCGGCUGUAUCAACCAUUCAAGAUACUGGCGAAGUAUGGAGUGUUGCGUGGCGUCCUCGACCGUCAGGACAAAAUGCUGCUGGUUCAUUCUAUGCAGCAGGAAAACCAGCAGACUACCUCGCCUACCUCUCCUCGUCACCAAUCACAGACAUCACCUACACAGCCCCUCCCACACCCACCCUGAUCUCACUAUACCAGCUUUCAAACCUAUACCUUCUCUUUGCACUCAACGAACAUCUGGUCCUCUCGUCUACAUCCAAUCGACGCAUAUGGUGUCGACUCUUGUUUUGUCUGCUCAUUGCUGAUUUCGGGCAUCUUGCUACAAUGAUCCCGCUCGCGCAGGAGAAGGGCUUUACUGCGGUAUUUGUUGAUUUCGCGCGGUGGACCGCGAUGGAGUGGGGAAGCGUGGGUUUUGUGUAUGCAGGCGCAGCCACGAGAAUUUCUUUCCUCGUCAAGUUCUGGCUAAGGGGUGACAAUGCAGGACUCAAGGAGGAUUAA